UUAGUGGAAAUGUUGAUCGGACAUUUAACACCCUGGCCUCACUUUGGCAAGUAUUAGUUUAAAAAUUAUCGAGAAAGAGAGAGAAAAAACGUGUUCAGUCCGUUGAUCGCUGAGUCGUCCACUUCCAUGGAAACCGCUCAUUUCACAGAGACGAACAAGAACAGCGUCCGAACUAAAACUCCAAAAUCGAAAUCCAUUUUUUCAUCUCGCCUUUUCGCGCCGAAAUCUGAAUCCUAUCAACCGAAGAACAUGGAGAAGAACGCAUCAUCAACAUACGGGAGCUCGAUUCCUGUGCCCUCUGUUCAAGAAUUGGCGAAGCAGCCGUUCAUCGAAAUUCCACCUCGAUACGUCCGCUCCGAUCUCCUCCGCUCGCCGAUCGUCUCCGCCGCUUCCGAAAUCCCCGUAAUCGACUUUGCGAGCUUGCUUUCCGGCGCUUCAAUGGACUCAGAAUCGGCUCGGCUUCAUUCCGCAUGCAGAGAUUGGGGAUUCUUCCAGUUAGUGAACCAUGGAGUGAAGAUCGAGAAAAUGCGAAUCGAAACGCAGGAGUUUUUCAAGCUUCCGAUUGAGGAGAGGAAGAAGCUAUGGCAAAUCGAAGGAGAUGUAGAAGGUUUCGGUCAAGCUUUUGUGGUAUCUGAAGAACAAAAGUUGGACUGGUCUGACAUUUUCUUCCUCUGUACCGCGCCAGAACAUCAGAGGAAGCCGCGCUUAUUUCAAAACCUCCCUCUCUCCUUCCGAAACGCAUUGGAGGAUUACUCGUCGGAGGUGAAGGAUGUGGCGGCGGCGAUUGUGAGGGAAUUGGAGAGGGCGUUGGAGAUAAAAGAGGGGGAGAUGACGGAGAUGUUCAAGGACGGGAAUCAGUCGAUGAGGAUGAACUACUACCCGGCUUGCCCGGAGACGGAGAAGGUGAUCGGACUGACGCCUCAUUCCGACGCCGUGGGGCUCACGAUUCUGCUGCAGAUCAACCAAGUGGAAGGUCUGAAGAUAAAGAAAGAGGGGAAGUGGAUUCCGGUGGCGCCACUCCCAGAUGCAUUCAUCGUCAACAUUGGAGACAUCAUGGAGAUGAUAACGAAUGGGAAAUACAGAAGCAUAGAGCACUGCGCAACAGUGAACUCAGAGAGUGAAAGGCUUUCCAUAGCAACCUUCUGCAAUCCAAGCUUUGAGAAGCUAAUAAGGCCAGCCCCAUCCCUCAUCACCCCUCAUUCCCCUCCUUUGUUUACAUCUUUGACAUAUCAACACUAUGUGAGUGGCCUCUUCACUCGCAAACUCGACGGGAAAUCUUACCUCGACGCUAUGCGAAUUAACCACCCUCCCACCUAAACGAUCAAGAGUCGAAGAUUGAACAACUUGUUUCUUUGGCUUUCUAAAAUCCCAUAUGAAGGGUAAUAAAGCAAACUACCUGCUCUUUACAUUGAGUACUCUAGAUACGUAAACUAAGUUUUAUUUUGAUCUCUUAACUUCAGAUGAUAUGUAUGUGAUCAUUUCAAUUUAUGCUUGUUUUUACUUUUUCAUAAA